UGUGUCUCUGUAUGUCUUGUCCCAGCUUCACUGCUCUGCUAAACCCUAACACACCUUCCCUAAACCCCUAUUUUCAAAUUCCUGAAAUCCUCUUCGUUCUCCAAUUGAUUUGGUGUAACAAUGAACGACGUCGUUAAACAAACAUCCGUCCCCAACAAUAACAAAAAUCCUCAUAAAUCAAAUUCAAAGAAGAGGAAACCAAAAGAAGUAGCUCUUUUCGGCAACUACAAAAAUUACUACGGCUAUCGUAUUGGUCAGGAGUUGGAGGAAGAUCCUAGAGUGAAGGUGUUUAGAAAGGAGUGGUUCGAAGGAAAGGAUUGUCUCGAUAUCGGAUGUAAUAGUGGCUUGAUCACUAUUAAUAUAGCAAAAAAGUUUAGUUGCCGAAGCAUCCUUGGAGUUGACAUUGAUACCGAUCGGAUUGAGGAAGCAUAUUGGAACCUUAGGAGGAUUGUGAGGGAAAGCACCAGUAAGCCACCUGCAAAAGCUUCUCGUUUGAAAGAUGCCAAGGCAGUAGAAGUUUCUGAUCACUGUGUUACUGAGUCCCCUACUGAACAGAAAGGCAAGGCUGGUGAAGGCCUAUCUCCAUGUAAUCUUUCAGAACGUGUUUCUUUCCGAAGAGAGAAUUUUGUGCAAAGUCGAAUUUCUGAUGAUAAACGAUAUCAUACAAUUAUGUGUUUGAGUGUGACAAAAUGGAUUCAUCUGAAUUGGGGUGAUGAAGGAUUGAUAAAUUUAUUUACAAAAAUUUGGAAGCUGCUUCAACCGGGUGGCAUGCUAAUUUUGGAACCACAACCUUGGAGCUCAUAUGCUAAAAACCAUAAAGUAUCUGAGACAGCAAAAAAUAAUUACAACACUAUAGAAAUCUUUCCCGAAAGUUUUCAGGAUAUCCUUUUGGACAAGAUUGGUUUUAGGUUGGUGGAAGACAUCAGCUGCAAUUUGUCUGGUAGCAAAUCUGGAUUUCAAAGACCAAUUUUGGCUUUUUGGAAAUAAACCAAACUGUCCCUGUUCCAUGUAAUGUGCUCUAGUCUGUCUAGUACUCUGUAGUAUCGAGGAUGUAAAGUGUUUGUAAUACUACACAUCAAAGCUUUGACCUUCUUUCUGCAAUUUUGGCCGCCCUUCUUAAUGAUCAGACGUAUAAGCUCUCAAGAUUACCGUACUUCCUGUAUCCUACUUGAUUGCUGGCUAGCAAAAGCAUGGAGAUCACCCUUCUUGAUGAUCUAGUGAUUGUUUUUUGGACAUAGAACAGAUUAUUCUUUAUCUACAAAUAUGAAAACCUGUUGGUACGAUUCUAUGUAAACAGAAUUCUUGUCUCUACCUACGCUUUCUCCUCUGGUGUAAUUAAACUAGCACUCAGAAAAGGGUUUCAUAGUCAUAUCUUUCUUGAAGCUCAUUAACAGUUAUUUUUUCACUAUCAAUUUAUUGUAAUAUAUUUAACAAAGUGCAGAUUUGUUCAUGAUCAACUAAUUAGCUUUAUUGUUGUUUAA